AUGGUAGCCUCGCUGUUCCUAGUGCUUUCCAUCGGGGUAGAUGAUGUCUUCAUUAUAUUGAGGGCCGUUCUGCUGCUUAUAAUGCUCGUCUACUAUUAUUUCUCCAUCUACGGCAUCCAGCGCGUCGAGACACUAAUUUCGCUCGAGAAGAUGACACUCCCAGAUUCAUACGUUCAAAAAUUCCAAAAACACUUCGAAGAUUCGAUGCGCAGCAUGCAGCCCAUCUCGGUGUUCAUCAAAAAUCCCGGUGAUCUGCGCGACCCGGAGCGGAUGGCGACGAUCAAAAAGAUUGUGGGCGAGUACGAGACGGCCGAGUUUUCCUAUGGGCCCAAUUCGACCUUUUUCUGGAUUCGACAAUAUGAAGAGUUUUUAGAGUAUUACGUUGAUUCGGAUGAUGAAGAAAUUGAAAAGCCAAAGUUCACCUACACAGAGAUCCCCGCCUUUUUCAAGUCGGCAACGUAUUUCUACCUGGAAACCUUUACAAUGUUGAUCGACUCGACGGUGUGGUCUUCGGUGGGCGCCUCGCUUUUCUGCACGGCCAUCGCUUGUGUCAUCUUCAUCCCGUCGCUGUUCUUCGGUAUCGUCGGCUUCCUGGCGCUGUGGGGCAUCCAGCUGGACCCACUGUCAAUGGCCGCCCUUCUGAUGGCCAUCGGCUUCUCGGUGGAUUACACGGCCCACAUGUGCUUCCACUACUACAAGGCAAAACCGCGGAAUCGUGUCGACAAGGUCGAGGAGGCGCUGUCGACGAUUGGAUGGCCGCUGAUGCAGGUUGGCCUCUCGACGCUGGUGGCCUUGGCCCCGUUGGUCUUCAAACAAUCCUACCUUGCCGUCGUCUUCCUGAAAACGAUCACAGUGGCGCUGAUCAGCCGAUUACACAAAGAGUUCGGGAAAAGCCCGAAGGUCGGCCCGAUCGAGCCAGCGACAGCUCCAGAAAAAGCCGGCGAGCGACCAGCCUUGACGCAUCGGAUUGCUCUCGGAAGAACACAAUCUUCCGAGAUCAUCGACAAGGAGGGCGUCUCUUCCACGCCAAUGCCCGUCGUCCAAAACGGCGCCUUG